CCUCAAACUCAGAAAUCUACCUGCCUCUGCCUCCCAAGUGCUGGGAUUAAAGGCGUGCGCCACCACCACUCCAGGCUGAAAAAGGAGAUUCUUAAUGGACUUUGGAAAUGCAGAGGGCUCAGAUCUACUAUAACGAACUAAAAGAUGCGUCACAUUUUCUUGAUUGGGUUACAUUAGAAAUGCCUUUACUUUUUUUGAGACAGGAUCUUGAUUUAACUGGAUGUGUACUGAAGGCCGCCCUCUAACUCUCUUGGAGCCUCUGUCUCCCAAAUGUGUUUUGCUUUAUUUUGAGAUAAGGUUUCAUUGCAGAUCAUGCUGGCCUUAAUUGGAGGAUCUUGAUAUUUCUGCCUCCCAAGUGCUGUGAGCCACCAUCAACUUUUUAUUUUAAGUGGUAUACCACAGAUUUUAGUACAUUGCUAGUUAUCAGACCCUCACUUCAAUCCGCUUUUAAAAAACGCUUCUAUCAUUUCAAGAAGAUCCAUGUACCAACAGUCAUCCCAUGACAGUGUUCUCUAUGUCAAACCUCAGAAGCAACAGAUCAUGUUCUGCUUUUUGUUUGUUUGCUUUUUUAAGAUUUUUAUGCUCUUUUAUGUUUGUAUAGUUGGAAUAGUACAUAGUCUUUUGUGACUGAAAUUUUUGCUUCCUAUUUAAAGUCUCAAAAAUGUUACUAAAGUUGGCUUCAUUUUAACUGCUAAUAUUUUUAAAUUGGUCCUAAGAGUGUUUUGCUGUUUACCCUGGCUCUCCUAGGACUCCUAGGCUCAAACCAUCCUUCCACUUUCCUCCUUAGGCUAUGGGAGCAAGGACUGCACCUAUAUAGCUCUUGGGGAGGAGUGCGGGAUGUGACUCAGCAUUUAAAUCAAGCAGUAUUGAAAUGGAUUGGGUUAUGAAACAUAAUGGUCCAAAUGACGCUAGCGAUGGGACCGUGCGACUUCGUGGACUGCCAUUUGGUUGCAGCAAAGAGGAAAUAGUUCAGUUCUUUCAAGGGUUGGAAAUCGUGCCAAAUGGGAUAACAUUGACGAUGGACUACCAGGGGAGAAGCACAGGGGAGGCCUUCGUGCAGUUUGCUUCAAAGGAGAUAGCAGAAAAUGCUCUGGGGAAACACAAGGAAAGAAUAGGGCACAGGUAUAUUGAGAUCUUCAGGAGUAGCAGGAGUGAAAUCAAAGGAUUUUAUGAUCCACCAAGAAGAUUGCUGGGACAGCGACCGGGACCAUAUGAUAGACCAAUAGGAGGAAGAGGGGGUUAUUAUGGAGCUGGGCGUGGAAGUAUGUAUGACAGAAUGCGACGAGGAGGUGAUGGAUAUGAUGGUGGCUAUGGAGGUUUUGAGGACUAUGGUAGCUAUAAUAAUUAUGGCUAUGGAAACGAUGGCUUUGAUGACAGGAUGCGGGAUGGAAGAGGCAUGGGAGGACAUGGCUAUGGUGGAGCCGGUGAUGCAAGUUCAGGUUUCCAUGGUGGUCAUUUUGUGCACAUGAGAGGGCUGCCUUUUCGUGCGACUGAGAAUGAUAUUGCUAAUUUCUUCUCACCGCUCAAUCCCAUACGUGUUCAUAUUGACAUUGGAGCCGAUGGCAGAGCAACAGGCGAGGCAGAUGUAGAGUUUGUGACACAUGAAGAUGCAGUGGCUGCCAUGUCUAAAGAUAAAAACAACAUGCAGCAUCGAUACAUUGAACUCUUCUUGAAUUCCACCCCUGGAGGUGGCUCUGGAAUGGGAGGUUCUGGAAUGGGAGGCUAUGGCAGAGAUGGAAUGGAUAAUCAAGGAGGAUACGGGUCUGUUGGGAGAAUGGGGAUGGGGAACAACUACAGCGGAGGCUACGGCACUCCUGAUGGCUUGGGAGGCUAUGGUCGUGGUGGUGGAGGCAGUGGAGGUUACUAUGGGCAAGGUGGAAUGAGUGGAGGUGGAUGGCGUGGGAUGUACUGACUACACCACCCAACGUACAUGUCCUAACACACCUGCUCUACUAGACUUUCUUACAGAUUUCAUUUCUUUUGUAUUUCAAGAACUUUAUAAUGACUGAAGGAAUGUGUUUUUAAGAUAUUAUUUGGUAAAGCAACAAACUGUGAUGGGAAAAUCUGUUUUCUGUAGGUUUCAUUUGUUGCAUACUUUGACUUAAAUAAAUUUUUAUAUUCAAACUAC